AUGCUUGCUGAGAAGGCUAUGUUUACAUGUGCCCACUUUCAGCUUUUCUUUCCUGGCCCCCCCUCAAAAAAAAAAAUGUGGGCCCCCGGGGGAUCAUAUGGCGCUAGUAGGGCUUCAGAUUUUUUUUUUGCGCCACUGCGAACAGUGCUGUUUUACUAUCAAUUUCACUAUGAGGUCCUAGCGCUUUUUAAAAUUAUUUAUCCCAAAUUGCUCCCCAUCCCGAUGGCCACCGAGAGGGGCGCCCCGACCCCCCACCACCACCCCCUGGGGGAGGAGGGGGCACGCGGCGCGACCACCCUGAUGGGAUUUUCUCCAUUAAAAAAUGUCAGCGAUCGGGUUGACAAAAUGAGGUGGGGCGUUUUCGGCCACGCCUGA